CAAUAACAUAUGUGGUUUGUGUAGUCUAUAUAUGUGUGUACAUGAGUCUCACAUGUGAUACUACAUCUUAUUCCAUAAAUGUGCUCUCACAUUCGCUGCAAGAUCGUACACUUCGUGCUGUUGUAGUAUAAUGUCAGCAUACAUUGUGUGACCCUUUGAGCCAUUGGAAUGUUAAUAAAGAGAUACUGCUGGUUUAUUUUCAAGUAGUUGUGAACUUUUGGAUUCAUGGGUGAUAGUCCAUUCGGAUGUCACUAAUCUCAGGUUGUAUAUAAACACAUUUAUUUUCAUAUUUCAUGCAUACACCUUAUAACUACUGAGGAUAACAUAUACUAAGAAAUUUAAACUAGAUAAUAAAGUCAAAUAAAUAUGAAGAUUCUACUGAUUUUGGCUGUGGUAGGACUUUCUGAGGGGUUCUUUUUUGGAAAACGUCCCGACUGGGGAGAUUUAAGAGUAAGGUUUGGCACACCAAUUAGUGAUUUCCGGACUCAACCAAGAACUGUACAAGAAGCUAGGGCCCAGGGGUUUACACCCGUGGGAGGUUGUUCAGCCAGCAAUGGGUACAUGGGCACACGAUAUGUGAAGAAUGGCAACACUGCUGUCAUGCUGUUGUUUGACAAGAAUGGCUUCAUUGCUGGUAUACAAGCUGGGCUACCAAAGAACCUUCCUAACGGAUAUCCAGACAGAAGUAGCCACCGCGACCUGUUCAUCAGCGAAGGAUCUAAAUAUGUGAUAACCGCUUACUUUACAAAUCCAGAGAAAAUCUGCAGCGAAGGAAGGUCAAGCAAUCAGUUUGACACCGAAGGUACAGGAAAUGGACUAUUUAUCCAAAGUGGUGCUAACCCAGUCAGAGAUUUCAUCACAAUUCCUAUGACAGAAUCAGCGAUAGCUAGAACCAAAUGGACCAAAGGGAAAUGUUUCUAUUGGAUGGGUCGUCAUUACUGGUACGAUGUUACAUCGAACAUGGAUUGCAAAGACUUCUUCCCAAUGUUUCUGCUCUACAACAGUGGCAAACUAGAUGGCUUUGGCUGGGCCUUUGGUGCUGAUCUUAGUGAGGAAGUAUGGGAGCAUCCAUCGGCAUCUACCUUCAACUUAGGGUUAUUCAUUGAUCCUGUUCCUAGAUGUCUCGUCAGCACCACCACCAGGCUCUCCACCCUCCAUGUGUACAUGUCCAACCCAUACUCCAACUUCUGCUAG